AUGCGUUUCACUACUCCGGUUGCUUUGGGCCUCAUGGCUGGAGCCGUCUCCGACGCCAGUCCGACUCAGAAAAGGGCAAGCAUCAAUCUUCCUACCGCAGCGGCGAGGGACCUCGUGGAAGCAGGCAAGCAGUUGGCUCAGAUAGCAAAUCUCGCCGAAACCACCUGGAAUCAGGCCCUAGCUUCCAACAGCAGCAGCGAGCAGAAACAAUCAACCUGCAGUCCUUCUACUGUUGCCAUCAGAAAAGAAUGGGGUGCUCUCACAAACGCUGAACGCAAGUCAUAUACCGAUGCCGUCAGAUGUCUCCAGGCCAAACCAAACAGGACUCCACCUUCUCUUGUCCCCGGGGCCAGAUCCAGAUUCGAUGACUGGGUCAGUGUUCACAUCAACCAGACAAAGACUAUUCACUACACCGGCACCUUCCUCGCCUUUCACCGCUAUUUUACCUGGGAGUAUGAGCAAGCCCUCCGCAACGAAUGCGGUUAUACUAGUUACCAACCUUACUGGGACUGGGCCAAGACCGCUGUAACCGGGAUGGAAUCAUCACCUAUCUUUGAUGGCUCGGAAUUCAGCAUGUCUGGCAACGGCGAACGCAUUGGCAACCGCAGCCACUACAUCGUCCUGGGAGACAGCAACGGCGUUGACAAGAUCAUUGCCCCAGCUGGAACCGGAGGCGGUUGCGUCACCUCGGGACCAUUCAAAGACAUGGUGGUCAACUUGGGCCCCGUGGAUCUCGUUGUUCCGGGAAACAAGACAGCAGAGGCCAACGGCGACGGCUUGAGUUACAACCCGCGCUGCAUGAAGCGCGACUUCACCUCCGCCAUCAACAAGCGCUACGCAAACGCCACCACAGUGGUCGACACCCUCAUCCAACCCAACAUCGCCACGUUCCAGGAGAUCCUUCAGGGCAAGCCCGACAGCCGCGAGCUCGGAGCUCACGGUGGCGGUCACUUCGCCUUUGGCGGUGACCCGGCACGCGACCUGUACCUUUCGCCCGGGGACCCAUUGUUCUACCUUCACCACGCUAUGGUGGACCGCACGUGGUGGAUGUUCCAGAGCAUGGAUUUAGAGAAGAGGACGGGUGCCGAAGGAAUUGCGGGAACGGGAACGUGGUUGCAUGACCCAGAGAGUGCCCCUACCACGCUGGACACGACAGUGAACUUGGGAUAUGCGGCGGGCGAGGAAAUCGCUAUGAGGAACUUGAUGAGCACUAUCGAGGGUCCUUUCUGUUAUAUUUACCAAUGA